AUGAAACUCCUGACCAGCGCCUUCCUUGCCCUCGCCUCCCUUGCCUCCCUGUCAUCCACAUCUAGCGCAAGACAGACCGACCCCUCCCUCUGGGGUAAAAGCACCACCUGCACCGGUUGUUCUUUCCAAACUACCGUCGACCCCGCCAAGGCCAUAGGGGUCUCUGUCCACCAAUCCGCUAGAUGUAUCACCGAGAUGCUCCGCGAGAAUGACCUGCAGUGGCCGACUGCCAAGUGGGAUUAUGCAAUUCAUGGGUAUCCCAAGAAUUUGGAUGGAGGCUUCUCGGUCCAAGAUCACGUCUGCGCCAACAAAGUCAAGGCGAGCGUGGACUGCCUCCCUGCCUCCUGCUUCAAAGGUGUCCGCGAGGCCAUCGGCCUCGUCAUCGAUCCUCCUGGACAUGUUGCCAAGCCUGAGGACCAGUAGACACUCCGCAUGGAGAAAUACGCACUCUCUACUGCGGAAGAUGGAAACAGAUGUGCUGAAUCUCGUGUCGACAGGACCGUGAUGUUUGCUUCAUUCUGAGCGUCGCAGCAGCCCAUACUCUCGACGCCAUCGUCGCAGCUCUCCGAAUGUCAGUUCAUUGUACAUAGUCGAUCAGCUGCCAUAAAGCUCCUCACCGUGCAUAAUUCCAUACUCUACUCAUAUCCAUUCGCGAUGAGAAUGUCUGAGGGAUCUGAAGCUG